UUCCUUGAUAAGCCAAUAACAACAUCACCAUUAAUUCAAAUCACAAAACAAAGCCCUCUCUUCUUUGAUAAACUUCUCUGCUCUGUCUCUUGAUUUGGUGUGGGGGAUUUUCAAAUUACAACCAUGAGUGGUAGCUGCUUCAAUGGCGUCUUGCGCAGGCUUCUGUGCUCUGGAAGCGUUCCCACUCACCCAACAGAUCAAAUUGCGGAACCUUAUACAACCCAACUCACUCUGCUCCCAGGAAAACCAAACCCUGAUCUCAAAAUCCAAUCUUCAGCUUCUUCUGUCACGCCUGGCAUAGUGGCAAGGCUGAUGGGUUUAGACUCUUUGCCAGAAACAAAUUGGGUUUCGAAAGGAAGAGCCCCAGAUUUGGUUAGCCGAAGUAGGUCAGUGAGUUUUGCUGAUUACUUGAUGGAUUUUGAUUUGGCUGAUCAAGAUCGUCAGCAUCAUCAUCGCCGGGUUCGAACCUCAGUCUCUUUCCGGGAAGUCCCGGCGGCCCUGAAUCAUCAGAAAAGUCCUGAUUUUCUUCUUGUGUACUUGGACAAUGUGGAUAAAUCAAAGGAGAUUGGGUCGAAGGUGAAGAAAUCUGAGAUGGGUUUUGGAGAGCUGAAGCAGGGGAAGAAGGAACAGAGUAGUAGGAACAAGGAGAACAGCAAAAGAGAGAGUGAUGAGAUUAUGAAGCAGAAGAAGAAGAAGGAGAAAAUGGUAAACAUAAAACAAAACAAGAAGAUUUCUAAGUUGAAGGAUGAGCCUAGAAGAGAAUGUGGCGCACAAUCUUCAAAAUCAAAGGGUUUGGGGUACUCUGUUUCUCCCAAUAAGAAGACCAGUUACAAGAAUGGUGGUGCUGCGAAUUUUAAGGAAAGUAGCGAUCGUCAUCAGCUGAAGAAGACAACCCAGAAGAAGAAAGUGGUGGAGGAACCAAGAAUCAAGAAGACAAACCAUCAACAUGCAUUUGCCAAGGAAAAAGAGGCUGCCGGUUUUCAUGGCUUAGAGAACACAAGCCCUGUUUCUGUUCUCUGCAUUGAUGACAUGUUGAUCCAACAUGAAGCUUGGAUAUCAGGAUAUUCAAUGCCUAUGGAUUUGAACUCCAACAUGAAAUCUUCACCAAAAGCUCCUUACAUUGCCGACCCUGAAGUCAGAACAGCCAGAAGAAAAGAUUUUGAGCCAAUUAAAGACGAAGACACCAGAGAUUACGCAGAGCUGCUGGCUUCCAAAAUCCAAAGGUGGACAGAGGAGGAUUUGAAAGAGUCAAAUUGGGUAGCUAAGAAUGUGUCUGGGUUCGAAGGUUAUGAAGAAAUCUGCCUGGGAUUUGAAGGGCUGAUCCUUGACAUGCUAUUGCAGCAGGCCAUCGAUGAGUUCGUGUAGAUUUCUCAUGAAAGCCUGUGGCCUUGCAGUGCUUGAAGAAUGAAAGAAGAACUUGUUUUGAGAUUCUGUAUAUACCCUUCAAAGUUUCUCUCUCUGUAACUUUGAAAACCUGACUCAGUUUAAAAACUUGAACUUUUCCAUUUUGGUGUGAAAGGAUCUCAAGACUUUUUAGAUUAUAAUUGAGAGACUGUGCCUGCAACUAGCAGGAGCAGCAAUGAAAUCAAUUGGAAAAUGCGUAUUGCUUACACCCAUUCCCGUUACAUGUAAGUUGUUUUUUUUUUUUUUAAUCUCCUGCCUCUUUAAAAAAAGGGCAGGUUUUUGUAGUUUUUUUUGCCAUCAAAAUCUAAUCCAAUGUAACUUCCAUCCAA